AUGGCCGUAGUAAUUCCAAUUGACCUGUACAAAUCCUCGCCGUAUGAUACAAGUGCUAUGAAAAUGGUUCCUCUGUGGAUAAUAGCAAUUGCUGGCGUUGCAAAAGCAGCUGAUCUAGCACAGUAUGCGUUAACAAGUACUGGCUCAACAAAUGGCGGAAACACAUUCCCCGGUGUCUCGAGACCACUCGGCAUGGUGAAACUCGGGCCGGAUCUAUACACGGGCAGCGACUCAUACUCUGGAUACGCACCGACAGGCAACUUCACGGGUUUUACGAUGCUCCAUGAGAGUGGUACGGGCGGCGCACCAAAAUACGGUGUCGUGUCGCAGAUGCCAGUUGUUGGCGACGUGACUAAUCCUCUCAGUGAUGCUAUGAAUGAUACUCGUGCCAAGGACGAUGUCACAGAGGUGGGAUACUACAAGGCUUCUCUUGGCUCCGGCACUGUCCUGGAAAUGGCUGCGACUGAAAAGGCGGGUAUAUACCAGUAUACUUUCCCCAACAGCAAGACCAAGAAUGUGCUGGUGGAUGUGUCGCAUGUGUUGUCUUCAUAUCGCGGCCAGGGACUCGAGCAGCAUUAUCUGGCUGGUAAUAUCAGCGUUGUGCCUGUGAAGAAGGGGAGUAAGACGCUCAAGUAUACCGGCUGGGGAACCUACGACAACGGAUGGAAUCGAGCCGCCCCCUGGACAGUCUACUUCUGCGGCUACUUCAACACACCCUUCACAUACAAGACUUUCCUGGGCAAAGACAAAACAACCGACCACUUGGCCGAAUUCUCUAACAAAUCAAGCUACGAGUCCAAAACCGCCCGCCUAGGAGCCCUGUUUACAUUCAAAGACGCAAACGUCAUCUCUCGUGUAGGCGUCUCCUUCAUCUCCGCCAACCAGGCGUGCUCAAAUGUAGACGCCCAGAUUCCAGAGGGCACGAAACUCAAAGACGUGCGGCAGCAGACACGCGAUGUCUGGAACAAAGACGUAUUCGGCAAAGUGACCACUUCGGAAACAAACGUCACAAAGUUGAACCAGCUGUACUCUGCUCUAUACUUUAUGCAUCUUCUCCCGACUAAGAAAACUGGUGAGAAUCCAGGAUGGAAGAGCAGCGAGCCUUAUUACGAUGAUAUAUUCACAUUCUGGGACACGUACAGAUGUACAACCCCCCUGCUUCACAUCCUCCAACCGACAUAUUAUGAGGAAUUCAUCCGCUCUCUAAUAGACACGUACCGCCACACGGGCUGGAUCUCCGACGCCCGCUCCUCCUUCGCCAACGGCGCAGUGCAAGGCGGCACAAACGGCGACAACGUCCUCGCCGACGCAUAUGUAAAACACGUCCGCGGCAAAGUAAACUGGUCAGACGCAUACGCCGCGAUGCUCAAAAACGCAGAAACCAUACCGCCCAACAACAACGAUCCCAGAGAUCCAACCGGUGGCACGGCAGAAGGUAAAAGCGCAUUACCAGACUACAAGCAACUCGGCUACAUCACGCCCAAGUUUUCGAGAUCUGUCAGCCGCGCGGUAGAAUACUCGGUAAACGACUUUUCACUCGCGCUCGUGGCAGCAGGGCUCGACAAAUCCAGCUACGAAACAUACUUCAACCGCUCGCACAACUGGCGCAACCACUGGAACAAGGAUAUUUCGUCGCACAACUUCACGGGGUUUCUGGGCCCGCGCAACACAACCGGUUUUAUAAGCCAGGAUGCGCUCUCCUGCGGAGGCUGCUACUGGCGAGACUAUUACUACCAGGCCUUACCGUGGGAGUACUCCUUCAAUGCGCACCACGACCUCGACACGCUGAUGGGAUACAUGGGCGGACGGGAGCGGUUUGUGGAUCGUCUGGAAACGACGUUCCAGCCAGGAGUGUAUUCUGGCAACAAGCAAUUCGGCAACACAAUCUUCAAUCCGGGCAAUGAGCCGAGUUUCACGACGCCCUAUCUGUACAACUAUGCGGGGAGGCAGGAUCUUUCCGUGAAGAGGAGCAGGUUUGUGGCCAAGUCGUAUUAUUCACCUACAAAGGGCGGAUUACCUGGGAAUAGUGACGCCGGGGCCAUGGAGUCGUGGUUGUUGUGGAACAUGAUUGGGUUGUAUCCCAUGACGGGGACGCCGGUGUUUCUCGUGGGAUCGCCGUGGUUUAGGGAUUUGAAGAUUCAGCUUGGUGGGGGGAAGGUUCUUGAGAUUGAGAGUACAGGCGGUGAUGAGGAUGUGUUUUAUGUGCAGAGUUUGAAAGUGAAUGGGAAGCCUUGGAAUAAGGCGUGGGUUGACUGGAAGAGUGUGUUUGCAAAGGGUGGAAAGUUGGAGUUUGUGCUGGGUUCGAAGCCUGUGAAUUGGACGACGGGGGAGUUGCCGCCUAUGCUGGGAGGGAAGAAGCCUGAUGAUGCGAAGGUUGUCAUUGAGCAGUGGCUGCAAUGA